AUGAGAGAAGGACAAAGACUUAAUUAAUCAAUAUCUUAUUGUCGACCAAGUCCAGAUAAGAAGGGUUUAAAUCACAGUAAAGUUAUUUCAGAUAGUUAUCGAAAAUUUCUUGCUACAUAUUAAUAGUUAUCUAUGUUAGGCAGUUAGUAUAAAUCUUCAUAUAAUACACUUAUGCCUUAUAUAAACUUUUUUAAAUACAUGGCUAAGAGAUAUGAUGAAACAAACUAAAAAUGCAAAUUGAAAAUGUGGAUUCCAGAUACAAUAAUCUUAAAUGAUAUCGAUUUAAGUGCAAUAUGGUUAUACAGUAGUGCAGACGGUUAUGUUUAUAGAAGUGAUUCAUUUACAUCUAGAAAUGCAGCAUAAAAAUUUACUGAAGGUAGUAGUGAUCCAGAUGAAUUAAUUGCAGUUGUAAAGAAACCACACUACAAAGAUAUGGAAUUAAUAGGAAAUGAUACAAAACCAAUAUUAAAGAAAGAUAUACAGCUGGUAUUUUCAAAUUGCAUGAGUGUGAAAUAAGAAAUCACAUGCUUAUAAAAAUAUAUAAGAUGUUAAGGUUCUAUGGCAUAUAUAUGUAGAACAAUUUGGAAAAAGAAUGGAUAAAUUAUAGCUUGGGUUAUUACUAAUAAACUAACAUUUUAAGAUGAAGGUGAUUAUGCUUAAAGAUGUCUUGCAAGUGCUAGUAAAUAUAAAUAAACUAAUAUCAUUUAAUGUAAGGGUGGUCGUUUCAUUGAAGAAACCCUUCCUUAUAUAUAAAAUCUAUUACUCUAUUGUAGACAAAGCAUGAAUGUUGAAUUUGAUGAAUUAGGCUGUGAUUUUACUAAAGGAAUAGAUAAUAAAUGGUAUUUACUUAAUGUUAGAGGAUUUAAAUUAAAUAACCCUAAUCAAUAAAUUUUUACUAGACAUAUUACACAUGAUGAACAAAUACCAGCAGAUUAUGAAAAAAAAUAAGUUUCACAUUAAAAUCAAUAAUGGAAUUUUACAAAAACUUAGGUUUGUAAAUUUUGUGAACUUAUUUUUCCAGCAAAAGAAUUAACACAUUAAUUAACUUUAAAAAUGCUAAUAGAAUGUGAUUUACAUUUAUUAAGUAGAAAUAUUGAGUUAAAACAUUUAUAAAUUAGAAAUAGGAUUAAUUUUACUCAUUUAGAUAGUGCUAUGUUAUUUCAUAAAUAUUAUGUUUGUGACAGUUGUUAUUAAUUAUUUAUGGCUUGUGAUGAAUUAGUGUAACUUGAAUUUAAAAUGGCUUAAAAAGUAGGAAUUGAUGUCUAUGAAAAAAACAACAUUAUUUCACUUACAUAAUAAGAUUAUCGCGUUAAAGGGCCUAAUGUUGUUUAGAGAUAAGCUAAUACUAUUUUUGGAAAUGGGGAAUAUUAUAUUAAGCCUCUUGAUUGGGAAAUGUUAAAUGAAGUACAAAUUAAACUAAUGCCCAAUAUACCUGAAAUUAAUUAUGGAACCAUUCCUAAAAUAAAAAGAUUUAGAAUAAUGAUUUAUAUGAAGACACUUUCCCAAAUUCCAAUCGAAGCUUAAUUUAAUUAAUCUAAGUAUUAUAUUUAUUAUAGCUUUCUCAAUUAAGAUAUUAAGUAAUAUGUUUAUAUUAUUAAAGAUUUUAAUUAGAUAUGAAAAGGAGUCUAGACCAUUCAAAAGACAUAUUAAACAUAGAUCAUGUUAAAUUGUUUUAUCUUUUUGCAGCUGAUAGACCUGAUAUCAAUUGCAUUUUAUCACAUUUAAAAAUUGGUUUAUUAUGCAAUUCCGAAUUAAUAGGAGAAUUUGAAUGUGAAUUAGGAGAUUUCAAAAGCUCUCAAGUUACAAUUAAAGAAUAUUUAAAAUAUUUUUCUGGAAUCUAAAUUAAAUAAAUUUUAUCUUGGUCAACAGAUUUAAGUAUAGGAGUAGUUGAAAGUUAAUAAGGCAGUAUUAAUGUAGAAAGAAUCAAACUUUAAAAAUAAGGAACCAUUUAUAUACCCAAUAUUGAUUAUUAUUGUAGUGAACCAUUACCUUAAGAAUGGAUGAAUUAAUUUGAAAAAAGAAAAAAAAAUAACAUUAAUCACAUGGGAAAUAAUAGUACAAGUUUUGCAAUCUCUGAUGUUUCAAAUAUUUUAGAUCAAUCAAGAGUUCAAUAGACCAAAAAUCAAUCAAGAAAAAGUUGUACUGUUGCAACUACUGCCCCUAAUAAAUUAGAUUAAUCUUCCAUUUUAUAUUCUGAACUUUUGGAGUAUUAAAAAGAGUAUUAUAUUAAUCUAUAUUUUAUAGCACAGAUAAAAUACUUAAUUUUGAUUAUUGAC